AUGUUCUAUCCCGGAAAGGACCAAUUGUUCCUGUCGAGGCCAGCAUGGAGGCAUGUCACGUCUGAUGGCGGUAGACGUCUCAUCUAUGCUCCUGACGCCCCCAUUGAGCACAUCCGCGUCGGUGAUGGCUUCCUUGCAAACCUGGCCCAGCUCACGCCUAUUUUGCAUGGGGCUUAUCUUCUGAGAGAAGCUAACAAGGCUGGCAUGUUUGUCAAGCCUGACAAAAUCUCCGCCUUGGCCCACCUAGCCACCGUGGAACAUGCGAGAUUGGCGCGAUGGUUCGACGAUUUCGACGCACUUGAGUUUCCAAGACCGGUCGAGGUUCUGCCAACCGACCCGGAUAAUUCGUUGUUCGAGACAGUGCUGGAACACAAGUCGGCAGCAGCCGGGUCCUUACUCAUGGGGUACUGGGCAAGUAUGCUCAUCCUAGAAGAGACAUUGGUCGAAUGCGGGACACCGCGAGCUAAUUCGGAGAUAUCCAUCCGGUAUUUCGUGGAACAAAUAUUGCGGUCGGUAGAAUCUGUGGGACGAGACACCAUGGGGCCAUAUCGAAUUGGGUUCGCCAUACGGAUCGUGUAUGAAUUCGCUACUGGGCAAGAACAGAGGUGGAUUGCCAGCAUGUUGGAUAAGUUCUCACAAGGGUAUGCUGCAAUUGACAAGAAGACAUACCCUAAGCCUAAAGACGAUGACACUCAGCCAACGUAG